AUGAAAGACUUUGAUCUUUUGACACACGUUAUCAAAAAGAUCAUACUUUCGCGUACAGAGAAAAACCAUGAUAUAACAAAGGAUAUUUCUGCUGAUCAAGUGCAAGAUAUCCUCGAUAGAGUUUAUUCUUUGCUAGGUGAGGAGCCUGUCCUAUUGGAAGUUCCAGCUGGCCUACAUGUAGUAGGAGAUAUACAUGGAAACAUUGACGAUUUGCUUCGAGUUUUUGAAUUACAUGGAUACCCGCCAAAAGAAAAGUAUAUUUUCUUAGGCGAUUACGUAGAUCGCGGCAAAAACAGCUUUGAAGUUAUUACACUUUUGUUUGCAUUAAAGAUUAAGUUCCCUCAACAUAUAUACUUACUCAGAGGUAAUCACGAAAUUGAACAUGUAUCAAAAUGCUAUGGCUUUUACGAUGAACUCAUGUACAAAUAUACAGUUGGAUUGUUUUAUAACUUCCAUUUAGUAUUUCAGCAACUGCCAAUUUUGGGAAUUGUUGGAAAAAGGAUUUUAUGCCUACACGGCGGACUUGGCCCUACAAUGAAAGAUAUUUCCGAGUUCAAAAAGAAGUUAAAACCCGAUCAAAUUCAAGACCCAUCAGUUUUUGCCGAUAUAGUUUGGAGCGAUCCGAAAGAUAUGGAUAGCGAAUUUGAAAGGAAUCCUAGAGGUUGUGGCUGGAUGUUUAAUGCAAAAGCCGCCAAAAAGUUCCUCGAUAAGAAUAAUCUUGACCUAGUCAUCAGAUCACACGAGUUCUGUGAUGGAUAUAGGUUCCCAUUCAAAACAGAUGAAUGCAUUACCGUUUUCAGCAAUACAGACUAUUGCAAUAAGAAAAACGGUGGUGCAAUUAUUAAUAUUUCCACAACAUUAAAUGUCACUGUUACUCGUCUUCCAUUGAUGACUGCAGAACAGAAGUCAAAAUGGAGACCAGUAUUACCACCUUGGAUUGUUGACAAGUUCACUUCAAAGUUUAUUGAUAUUGAAGAACCAAACUCUGAAAUUGAUCUUGUUCAUCCUCACCCAAGUGGAAGUGAUAACAAAGCCAUUGACAAGAUUUCAUCGAAUGAUGCUUUACUUUUAUGCGACUAA